AAUGCUUUCGAUUCACCAUUAGCUUCAGCUUUCGUUUUCGCUUGACAGUGGGAGGGUUGAGUACGGGUAGUUCGUCUUGUUAUUCGGAAUUUUCGUUUGAUGUGCUUAAUAAAGCUUCUGAAGUCUUUGCUCUGUCGUGUGUUACGAUUUGUACGUACGUUGACUACUUCGUUUUGGCGUUUUCUUCGUAGUAACCUGCGUUUGCGAUAUAUUCGCCAAAUUAACAUGGAGUCAGAUGAUGAGUGUGAGUUAGACUCCACAUGGGAGGAUGAACACAAAAAUAAAGAACCAAGAAAGAAGAACAAAAGAAUGAGUCACAGGAACAUGUAUGCUGCAAAGGACAUGCAAGACUUUCGGCAUAGAGUCCGGGACUUAGAUAAUGAUGAUGAUGAUGAUGACGAUGAUGAUGACAACGAAGCAGGUGAAGACAGCUUCUAUAACCUGGAGUUUUACCGUGGUAAAAUAAAUUCUUCACCUGAUGAUGUUCACAUUGAUACAUUUCACCAGGAGUGGAAGGGUCAAUAUGACUGGCUGGAAGACUGUCACUCCUACAUUCAAUGGUUGUUUCCAAUACAAGAGCCAGGGAUGAAUUGGAGAGCACAUGUGCUCACAAAAAAGGAAAUAAAGCUGUUCCGUGAAGAUGAGGAAGUAAAGAAGAAAUUGGUGGAAUCAUAUAAGCUCAUGUUGGAUUUUUAUGGUAUACGUUUGGUCGAUGAAUCAACAGGAGAGGUGGAACGUGCUGAUAACUGGGAGGAACGCUUUAGCAACUUGAACAGAUAUUCACACAAUAACCUGCGCAUCACACGCAUCCUGAAGUGUUUGGGGACUCUAGGAUUGAAGCGCUACCAGGCCCCACUGGUCAGGUUCUUCCUCCAUGAAACUCUUGAGAAGAAACAACUUAAGCGUGUGAAACAAAGUGUACUAGAUUACUUUAUGUUUACUGUAUUGGACAAAUCAGAGAGACGAAAGCUGGUUAGAUUUGCCUUUGAGCAUUUCAAGCCCCGUGAACAGUUUGUCUGGGGCCCCAAGAAGAGACUGUCAAGGGAGGUAGAUAUAAAAAAUGAAGAGAAUAAAGACAAUAAUACUGCAGAACAUAAGCAGCAAAGGGAGACUGAUAACAGUGAAAAAGAUCAGCAGGCAAUAACUGUGCAGCUAGUUGAAAUAGGUUCAGCCAAAAAUAAUAAAGUUGAACAGGAUUCAGAUGAUAACAGUCAAUGCAGCUCAGAAGACAAAAGUGUAAAGGAAAAUCAAGAGGUGAGCAUUAGUGAUGCCAAGAAGUCAGGGGAGGUACAUAAUGAAAGUGAAAACUUUGACCCUCUUACACAGAAUAGAACUGGAGAAAAUGGGCAGCAAAAGGAAACCAAUGAGAGUACACAAGAAUUGAAUACGCUAAAUGAUAUAAACAGUGAAAAAGAGGCAAUAGAUAUUCAGUCAGUCGAAACAGGUUCAGACAAAAAUGAACAGGAUCCAACUGAGAACAUACAAUGCAGUUCAAACACAAAAAAAGUAGAAAAGCAAGAUCAAGAGAAGAGUAAUGAUAGUAAUGAAGAGCACUUCAAGUCCCAAGAAAACUCAGACCCCAUGAAGAUUCUCUCAGGUUCUCAAGUGGUACAUGGAGAAAAUGAAAACCUCAGCCAGAUUACAGAAAAUAAAUGCAGUAAAAAAGGAGAAGAUGAGCAGGAAAUGGUAAAGCUCCAUGAAAGCACUGAUGAAAUGGGCAAAAUAGAUGCCAAUCAUCCUCCUGAAGGGAUGGAAAAUGAGACACCUAAAGAUCACCAGAAUAUAGAUAAACCAGAUAGUCCAAACAAAUUGACGGGAACCAAUUCUGAAGGUGAUCAGGGUGCAAAUGAGGACGGUCAGUGCAGCUCAGAAAGCAAAAGUGUAAAGCAAAAUCAAGAUAUGAGUGAUGGUGAUGAUCAUGUUGGCAUGACAACAGAAAACAAGUCACGUGAUGAUGGUGUUGUUGACAUGACACCAGAAGACAUGUCUCGUGAUGAUGAUGAUUGUGUUGACAAGACACUAGAAAACAUGUCUCGUGAUGAUGAUGAUGAUGUUUCUGUCAGGUGAGGUACAUAGCAAAAAUGAAAAUUUUAGCCAGCUUAGAAAUAUAGCACACAUAAAGUGAACCAAAUAGAUGCCAGUAAUCUUGUCAAAGGGAUGGUAAAUGAAGAAAACAGUGGAAAAGAUCCAAAUCAGGACAGUCAAUGCAGUUAAGACUAUAGAAAAGAGACGAGUACUGGUAGUGAUGAAGAGACAAAUUCUCAUAAUAAAUCUGAAGGAGGGUCUAAAUAUCUGAUUUGCUAAAUAGAAAUGAGGGAAGGUAUAGUGAAACAAGGAUGUUAUAGGAAAACUUAAAAUAUAGGUUGAACUUAAAAAGGUUGUUUCAUGAAUUUGUAUGUUUGAUUCCUCUGAAUUAUAUGAAUAUAUGAUCUAUGUGAAUGUCAUUUUGAAUUUUGGCUUAAGUUAAAGAAUCAGAUUUCUAAAUAUGAAUAUGUUUUAAUUUUGUAGAUAAAAAGAGAAAAUGACAUCACAAAGGUUAAAUUUAUCUUGCCUUGUAAAUGCAAUGUAAUAUUACAUAAACAUGAUUUUUUUAAUAGGAUUGUACUGUAAAAAGCAAGUUAAUGUCUCUUCACUGACUAAAAGGCAUUGCGUCUGAUAACUUGACAAGAAAUGAAGCAAUGAAACUUGUGAUGAUCGUGCAAGAUUGCCCUAUGAAAAUUAACACCAAUUUCUCUGCUUUUAGCCUAUCUCGGAUUACUUUUUUUACUGAGAUUACUGGAAAUAUAUUGGAAUUUUCAUGAAUAUUUUUGAAAGUUGAAUAUUUAUUUGCAUGAUUUAGAUCAUUGAUGACUUUGAUGAAUUAGAAACUGGUGUUAUAAAAUUAAAUUUGAAUGUUUUGUAUCAAAUACAUAGUGUUGAUUCUAUUCAAGUCUAUUAAGAAUUAUGCUGUUUUGGUUUGCUAUUUAGGUUUGGUUUUUACUGCUGAAGCAAAUAAAUGAUGUCUUCCCACUAAUAAAAUGCUAAAAAUAAGAAUAGAACAUUUUGUAAACCACACUGAACAUUCAUAGCUACAGUACAUGUCAUUAAUAUAUCAAUAAAAAAUAAAUAAAAA